CGAAAGGAUGGUCAGAGAGAAAGAGAAGCAAAGAGAGAGAGAGAGAGAGAGCGAGAGAAGAGAGGGUUCCGUUCUAGAAGGACGGAAGAGAGGCCUGUGGGAUUGGAUUCAAUGGGUGAAUCUAGUGGUUCUGUUUCGAUUGAUGUAGAGAGGAUCUCGUUUGGUGGAAAGGAACAUCUUAUACAAACAAGUCAUGGCCCAGUGUCUGUUGCUGUUUAUGGUGAUCAGGACAAGCCUGCGUUAAUUACUUAUCCGGAUGUAGCUUUGAAUUAUAUGUCCUGUUUUCAGGGGCUAUUCUUUUGCCCUGAAGCUGCUUCUUUGUUGCUUCACAAUUUCUGCAUAUAUCAUAUCAAUCCUCCAGGACAUGAGUUGGGAGCUGCUUCGAUUUCACCCAAUUAUUCAGUGCCUUCAGUUGAUGACUUGGCAGAUCAAGUUUUGGGUGUACUUGACUUCUUUGGGUUAGGUGCAGUAAUGUGCUUGGGAGUCACUGCUGGUGCUUACAUACUUACCCUUUUUGCGACAAAAUAUCGGGAGCGUGUUAUUGGAUUGAUGCUUGUAUCCCCCUUAUGUAAAGCACCGUCAUGGACGGAAUGGCUGUAUUAUAAGGUCAUGUCAAAUUUGCUCUACUUCUAUGGGAUGUGCAGCUUGGUUAAAGAAUGCCUACUUCAACGUUAUUUCAGCAAGGAAGUUCGGGGUAGUGCCCAGGUUCAUGAAUCAGAUAUUGUUCAGGCCUGCAGAAGUUUACUGGAUGAGAAGCAAGGUUUAAAUGUCUGGCGCUUUCUUCAAGCUAUUAAUGGGAGAUAUGAUCUUACGGAACGGCUGAAGAAACUGCAAUGCCGAACACUAAUAUUUGUUGGUGAAAACUCGCCUUUUCAUUCCGAGGCUCUCCACAUGACCACAAAACUGGACAGAAGAUUUAGUGCGUUAGUUGAGGUUCAGGCAUGCGGAUCAGUGGUUACAGAGGAGCAACCCCAUGCCAUGUUGAUUCCUAUGGAAUACUUCUUGAUGGGAUACGGGCUCUACAGGCCAUAUCAGUUUACUGGCAGCCCUCGUAGUCCACUCAGCCCAACAUGCAUCUCCCCGGAGCUUCUAUCACCGGAAAGCAUGGGUAUAAAGCUAAAGCCCAUCAAAACCAGGCUGUCAUCAACGGUCUAAAAGAGUAAACUUUGUAAACUUCAACCUUGAUGCAAGAAUCAGCAGUGAUAGAGCUAUACAAGAGUAUUUUGAUGUGGGGAACUGAAUACGUGUUGUAUGUAAAUUGAGUACAUUGUCUUUUUGAUGUAGGGAAGCAAUUCUCCAGAGGUGUAGAUAACCAAAAAAAAAAAAUAUAUGGGGGAGUACCACCUCAGAGAGAGAGAGAGAGAGAGAGAGAGAGAUGUGAGAUUUAUGUUCAUUUCAUUCUUUUGUUAUCAAAACAACAGCUUGUAAAUCUUGUCUAUGGUGAGCAGAUAAUAAUAAAGAUGAAGGUGGUGGGGUUGUUCUCAA